UUUUUCAAUGUCUAGUGCAUAUUGUUCAAGUAAAUAUUUACCGCCAAUACCACCACAAGACAUUGUUCAAAAUCAAUUUUCACCAUCACUGAAUAUAAUACAAAUACUAUUUAAAAAUAAAUAAAUUUUUAAUACUACAUUAGGAAAAGACUUAUAUUUUAAUUCUUUUCACAAAUUUUAAUGUAAGACUAAGAAUCCCUUAAUCCCAAAUUAAUACGAAGUACUCCGUACUUGGUAUAAGAGAAUAACACCAUAAACCAAAGAUGAAGGCUGAAAUCACCAAUAUUUUUUCCUCCUCUUUCUCUCUGAACCCAAUCUCUGCUUCUCUGCACCCUCUCGUCUUGCUGCUCAUCUUCUUUCUCCCUCCGGCCUCCCCAGCUCAUCUUCCCAGGGACUCCCAGAGAUUACUCUCCUUCAAAGCUUCCAUUCCAGACCAAACCCAGCUCCCAACCUGGGUAUCCAUCGCCGGAGCAAAUCCAUGUAGCUUCGCCGGAGUCACAUGCAGGGGCUCGAGGGUCUCUUCCAUAGAUCUCACCAACGUAAUGCUCAGUACAGACUUCGCCACGGUUUCCUCUCACUUGCUGGGUCUUGAGAGCUUGGAGAGUCUUGUGCUGAAGAACACAAAUCUGAGCGGCUCCCUCUCCUCUGCUUCGGAAUCCCAAUGUGGGGCUUCUCUGAGGUACUUAGAUCUUGCUGAAAACUCAAUCUCAGGACCUGUUUCUGAUGUUUAUAGCCUCUCUGGUUGCUAUAAUCUCAAAAGCUUGAAUCUUUCAAGAAACUCCGUGGACCUACCUGUGACGGGCGGCGGCGGCGGGGAAACCCUCAAGAUUCAGAUUCUUGAUCUUUCUCAUAAUAAUAUUUCCGGGCAGUUUGUCUUCUCUUUGCUGCCGCCGGAGCUCCAGUUCUUGUCCUUGAAGGGGAACAAGCUCUCCGGGAACAUCCCGGAGUUGAGUUUCAAGAAUCUGUCUCAUUUGGACCUCUCUGCAAAUAAUUUCUCCACAGAGUUUCCUUCGUUCAAAGACUGCUCCAGCUUACAGCAUCUGGAUUUGUCAUCCAACAAGUUCACUGGUGGUGAUAUUGGGGAGUCUCUCUCUUCUUGCUCCAGCCUCACUUUCCUCAAUCUCACCAACAAUAAGUUUUCCGGCGAGGUUGCGAAGCUUCCUAGGGGGAGCUUACAGUACUUGUACCUUAGGGGGAAUGGCUUCCAGGGGUCGUUCCCGGAGCGUAUUGGCGAAUUGUGCAGCACUCUUGUGGAGCUGGACUUGUCAUUCAAUAAUAUAUCUGGUAAUAUCCCACAGACCCUCGGCGAGUGCUCUGGUUUGGAGCUUCUUGAUCUGUCAAAUAAUUGUUUCUCCGGCGAGUUGCCGGUUGAGACACUAGUGAAGUUGAGUAGCUUGAAGACUCUUGUGCUUUCAUUCAAUAAAUUUGUGGGUGGCUUGUCUGGGUCGUUUUCUAGCCUGGUAAAUCUGGAGACUUUAGAUUUGAGUUCUAAUAAUAUAUCUGGUUUGAUCCCCUCUGGGAUUUGCAAGGAUCCCAAGAAUAGUAGCUUGAAGGUGCUGUACCUUCAGAACAAUCUGUUCAAUGGCCCAAUCCCUGAGAGUCUGAGUAACUGUUCACAAUUGCAGUCUCUUGAUCUCAGCUUUAAUUACCUGAGUGGAAAGAUCCCUUCCAGCCUCGGGUCCUUGUCGAAGCUCAAGGAUUUGAUCAUCUGGUUGAACCAGCUGGAGGGCGAAAUCCCAGAUGAGCUCAUGUAUUUGCAGUCCUUGGAGAACUUGAUUCUUGAUUUCAACAAUCUGUCGGGAUCCAUCCCGGAGAGUCUCAGCAAAUGUGGUAAACUGAACUGGAUUUCUUUGUCCAACAACUUACUGACAGGAACCAUUCCAGCUUCCUUGGGGAACCUGUCGAACCUCGCCAUCCUGAAACUUGGGAACAACUCCAUCUCAGGAACCAUACCUCCUGAGUUGGGGAACUGCAAGAGCCUGUUGUGGUUGGAUCUCAACACCAACUCCCUCAAUGGCUCUAUCCCACCUGCUCUGUUCAAACAAUCUGGAAACAUCGCGCUGGCUCUGCUCACUGGGAAGCAGUAUGUUUACAUCAAGAACGAUGGGAGCAAGGAGUGCCACGGCGCAGGGAAUCUGCUUGAAUUUGGUGGGAUCAGGCAGGACCGGCUGGACAGGAUUUCGACCAGGCACCCGUGCAACUUCACUAGAGUCUACAAAGGGAUCACCCAACCCACAUUCAACCACAACGGUUCCAUGAUCUUCCUCGACCUCUCUCACAACAAGCUGGAGGGGAGUAUCCCCAAGGAGUUGGGUUCCGUGUACUAUCUCUCCGUUCUGAACUUGGGCUAUAACGACCUCUCGGGUCAGAUUCCCCAAGAUCUUGGAGGGUUGAAGAAUGUUGCGAUUCUUGAUCUGUCACACAACAAGCUCAACGGGUCGAUUCCCCAAACUCUGACCAGCCUCGCAUUGCUAGGGGAUAUUGAUCUGUCCAGCAACCAACUCUCUGGAGUGAUACCCGAAUCGGCCCCAUUCGACACCUUCCCGGAUUAUAGGUUCUUCAACAACUCUGGCCUCUGCGGCUACCCCCUUCCCAACAAGUGUGGUUCGGAGUCGAGUUCCCGAUCCAACCAGCACAAUAAAGAGAACCGCAGACACGCGUCGGUUGCUGGAAGUGUGGCCAUGGGUUUGCUGUUUUCUCUCUUCUGCAUCAUCGGCUUGGUCAUAGUCGCAGCAGAGGCAAAGAAGAGGAGGAAGGAAUCCUCUGAGGGCUCUUCCCUGGAGAUGGGGAGCCAUUAUUCCGUUUCAGGAGCUGCAAACAACAACACCGACUGGAAGCUGACCAGCAUCCGCGAGGCUCUGAGCAUCAACCUUGCCACCUUUGAGAAGCCUCUCAGGAAACUGACCUUCGCGGAUCUUCUGGAAGCCACCAACAAUUUCCACAACGACAGCCUGGUCGGGUCGGGCGGGUUCGGCGACGUCUACAAGGCCCAGCUGAAGGACGGCAGCGUCGUCGCCAUAAAGAAGCUCAAGUACGUGAGCGGGCAGGGUGACCGAGAAUUCACCGCCGAAAUGGAGACCAUUGGGAAGAUCAAGCACCGGAACCUUGUCCCCCUCCUGGGGUACUGCAAGGUCGGCGAAGAGAGGCUUUUGGUGUAUGAAUAUAUGAAAUACGGAAGCCUCGAGGACGUCCUCCGCGACCGCAAGAAGAGCGGAAUCAAGCUGAAUUGGGCCGCGAGGAGGAAGAUCGCAAUCGGAGCCGGGAGGGGACUGGCCUUCCUCCACCACAGCUGCAACCCUCACAUCAUCCACAGGGACAUGAAGUCAAGCAACGUCUUGCUGGACGAGAACUUGGAGGCUAGGGUUUCGGAUUUCGGCAUGGCCAGGCUGAUGAACGCCGUGGACACCCAUUUGAGCGUGAGCACCCUGGCGGGCACCCCCGGGUACGUCCCGCCCGAAUACUACCAGAGCUUCAGGUGCUCAACAAAGGGGGACGUGUACAGCUACGGGGUCGUCUUGCUUGAGCUCCUCACCGGGAAGCAGCCCACGGACUCGCCCGAUUUCGGGGACAACAAUCUGGUCGGGUGGGUGAAGCAGCAAGCAAAGAUUCGGAUUCGGGAGGUGUUCGACCCGGAGCUGUUGAGAGAAGACCCGUGCAUAGAGCUUGAGCUUCUAGAGCACCUCAAGGUUUCGGUCGCUUGUUUGGAUGACCGGCCCUUCAAGCGCCCCACGAUGAUUCAGGUCAUGGCAAUGUUCAAGGAGAUUCAAGCGGGGAUUGAUUCUUCGUCCACAAUUGGUUCAGUAGAUGGCGUCUUUCAGGGGGUUCCCGGGGUGGUGAACAUGAGCAUAAAAGAGAGCAUAAAGGAAGGCAACGAGCAAUAAUAUUGAAUUCUAGGCAAAGGCAAGGCAAUGGAUUCUUUUGAUCGAUGCAAAAAAUCUUGUUGUAUGUAUGUACUACUAUUAGUGAGUGAGUUAUGCU